AUAAAAACAGUUGUUCAAGCCGAUUGCUUAGAAGUAGUUAAGUUGUAGUUUAGAUUAUGUUUAUUUUAUAAUUAUAUUUGUGCUUUGGCGACUAAGAAGUUUAUAUAAGAAUGUUGGUUUCAAUUGACAAUUGAGUAUUUUUAUCAGAGACACUCUCGUUAUCUGUCAAGAAGAGGUGUUUAAAGUAAUUAAAGAAUUUGCUGGUUUAUUUUUUUGAGAUGAAUGACGAAGAACUUAAUUUUACCGUUUCGGCUCCUGGUAAAGUCAUUUUAAUUGGUGAACAUAGCGUUGUCUAUAAAAAAAGAGGUUUAGCAUCUUCAAUUAGUAAAAGAAGCUUUUUACAUUUUCGUGAGCAUAAAGAAGCUCAUGAACAAAUAACAUUGAGUUUCAAGAGCUUAUUAGAAAGAGUGGAGUAUGAUUUCAGAAGUGUCUACAAUUUAACUAAUCUGGACAAACCACUUACUUGUGUUAUGACAGAAUUUUCAUUGGGUUCACCAGAAUAUUUGGAUCAUGAUAAAUAUGUCGAAUUGAUUAAAGAAUUCGUUCUUCAAAAAGGUAUUGAAGAUGAGCCCAAACUGAAGGCUAUGGUGGGAAUUUUUUAUAUUAUUAUGGGAAUGUUGUGGUGUGCUGACAUAGAUAUUAGUCCAUUUGAUUUGGAAAUUUACUCUGAUUUAGCUAUAGGAGCAGGUACGGGUAGUAGUGCAGCAUUUUCUGUCUGUGUUGCUGCAGCUGUAUAUAAUUAUAUUAGGUUAAAAGCAUUUCAAAAGUUUGGCUGUGGUGAAUUUAAUAUUUCCAGCAGUCCAUUCAAGCCUCAUAUAAUGGAAUUAUCUCAGCAUUAUAAUGGAUUUUCUCCAAAGGAUAAAGACAUAGUGAAUAAAUGGGCAUUUUGUGUGGAAAAAAUUAAUCAUUCCACUCCUUCGGGUAUUGAUAACACUAUUUGUACCUUUGGAAAUGCCGUUUUAAUGAAUGCUGCUGGUGAAAAAGAUGAAAAACGUUCCAUAGAACUAUUAGAUAAUCUUCCAGCAUUCCGGGUGCUGAUAGUUAAUUCAGGUGUACCAAGAUCAACUGCUGAUAUGGUAAAGAAAGUUUCAACCUUGCUUGAAAUUUGUCCUGAAGCAACUCAAUCCAUUCUUGAAUCAAUGGAUGUAAUCGCUAUGAAAUUUCUUGAAUAUGCUCAAGAAAUAAAAAAAGCAACUGAAAAAUUGGAUGUUUUGCAGCAUUACCGACGGUUAGAAGUUCUUAUUGAUCUUCAACACGGACAUUUGAGAACACUGGGUGUAUCUCAUCCUCGCCUAGAAGAAAUAUGCUUUAUUACAAAUCGAAGAGGACUACAUUCCAAACUGACUGGUGCCGGUGGGGGUGGUAAUUCAUUCACUCUCAUUCCUCCUGAUGCUGCAGAAGACACUAUAAAGCAAACUAUUCAAGACCUUAAAACUAGUGGAUUUUUGGUUGAUGAUAUUGUUCUUAAUGGAGAAGGUCUCAUCCUGGAAUCAAGCUGAAUUAUUUAUAUCUAAUUUAAUUGCACUACUGUGAUAUUUUACACAUGAAUUGUACAAAUAUAUAUUUAUAUUUAUUCUAAACAUUUUUUUAAUCCAGCCAACCCUGAAUAUGUGAAAUUGUCCCUUUCUCUGGAACUUGUUUCUUUGGUCUUCUUUUCUUUUCUUUCAUUGGCCAUAUAUAUAUGAUUAAAGCUUUUGACAACCAAAACACAACUUCCAGUAAACUUAGUAAACUUGCUCCCAAGAAAAGACCACCAAUGCCACCUAAGUUAACUAAAAAAAAAUAGAAUAAAUAAAUUUAUUAGUAUUAAACGAACAUUUCUGUUCAUUAUAUACCUAUACAUUUGAAAAUAUUAGGCAUAAUGCAGGCUAGGCCAUGUUUCAAAU